CGCCAGUGGCGAGCGGUAGUAUUUCGGCCGGUCGGAGUGUUCGCACUGGAGCCUCUUCUCUAUCUUGUGUUACAUUACGUUAGAGGGGAAAUGACAAAAAAAAUAAUGGUGUGCUUUUGACUAAUGCCCCGUAUGAAAUUAACCGACAGUGGAACUCGAGUGAUACGGAACAAGGAACCAUUUUUUUUUGUAUACAUCUGAGACAUUAGUGCUGAAGGGUCGUCGUCGAAAGAGAGAAGCAACAGCGAGGAUAAGGAAAAUACGGUUUAUAAACAAUCUUUUGUCGAAGUUGUCGGUGGUUGCAGUAGAAGAGGGAGGUUGCAAGACCUGAAGUUUUGCCUCAUUAGUGGAGGAGGAGGAGGAUUGUGCCCAGUAGUAAACAGAGCGGCGCGGAAUAGCCAUGUGAGUGAUGGUGGCGCCAGAAUUGCCCGAGAGAAAGAAAUUCGGAGGAGAAAAGUGGGAGAAAGAGAGCGCGCGGCGUGAUGAGGCUCAUGCUGGGAUGGGCUGAGCGGAGGGCAAGCAGAGCGCGUCAAAUUACGAGAUAGUCAGUGUUUCCCGCGAUGGCUUUGAGGUUCUUGCGUCUCCUCGCGCUGGCGGCGGCGGUCCCCCUGUUGGCGGCGGCGGCGGAGGACAUAGCCGAGUACCCGGGCCUUGCAGAGGAUUAUCCGAAGCCGAUCAAUGUGUACGACUAUGAUUACGACUACGAGGACGGCUUCCCUUAUCUAGAGCACGACGACUACGUCCGCGAUAGCAUGGCCAACGCCACCCUCUUCAAGUGCUUCUGCAGAGGCGACCAGGAGUGGGACGGGAACGCGUGUAGCGACAAGAGGACGAUCGUUGCAGUAAUAAAUAUGCACACGUUCGAGCGCCGGGCGUUCAAUACCACUGCUUUCGGGAACGUUUCCAUUGCGGGCCCUCCGCCGUGCUUCCAGCCAGCGCUGCAGAUGGUUCUCGAUUCCAAAGAAGGAUUCGAAUUCUCGCUGAUGGUUAAUGGGAGUCUGGUCUGGGGCAACAGGAUUUACACCGAGUAUUGUAUAGAACAUACGCCAGGUAGUAACUGGUUGGCUCACGUGUGCGUGCCCCCGCCCUCGGUCCCCACCUGCUGCGCCCCCGGCCACAUGCAAGCGAAGGACGGCUCUUGCAUCGCCCGCGAAGGAGGCGUUUUCUCGCCGCCUGUGCUCGUCGAUACGAAAGUCAUGAUUUGGGACGCGAGGGAGGUCGGGCCCCGCGAAGUCGUCUGUCCGGAUAAGUGGAACAAGCUGCGACUGAUGUUGGACGACAAGAAUGCUAGUCUUUUGUACCAGUCCGGCAUGACGCUCCUGAAGUGGCUGCCGCCCAUGAUUCAACCGCAGUUUCCUGAGAAAUACUGCGUGGCGAUAGAUGCGGAGUCACAAGGGGGCGCGCCACAGUACAUAGCCAACUUGUGUUUCCUGGACCCCAACGACGAGCACAGGGAGACGUGCAAGGACAACACCUGCGUACGGAAGUGCUGCCCUCAGGACGAAUACCACGAGGACGCGUGUUUGCCCGCCACGAACGAGAGCCAGAGGUGGAAUCCCGUCUUCUACGAGCACAGCGGGGACGCCAUCGUGCCAGCCGUCGGCUUCACGGGGAAUGUGACGAUGGUGACGGGCUAUCCCCUGUGCAAAGAGUACUUCCUCAUGGAACCUCACGAAGUAGCGACCGACGUCUUCCACCUCAUGACCGACGGCACUCUAUACGUCCCGGUGUUCAAGCAGUACUUCGCGCCCGACCGCUACUGCAUGGACAAUUUCCUGGACCACGAAGACAAUGUGAUACGCAUGCUGCCGCUCGUCUGUUUCCGCGAAAAGGACAAAGAGAGCAAAGCCUGCACGUCCAUGUACUCGUACCUCUACCCGGUCCUUCUGCUGGUGUCCUGCGUGUUCUUGGGCAUCACGCUGCUGGUGUACGUGAGCGUCCCGGAACUACACGCUAAAGUCCACGGGAAGUGUCUGGUCUCGCACGUGUCGGCGCUGUUGCUCGCUUAUUGCAGCCUCAUCACCGUGCAGUGGGCCACCGACAAGCUGCCGACGGUCGCCUCGCGGGGAGAGACCUUCAGUUUUACAUUGGUGUCCUACAACACAGAUUUCGUAAUGAAGACCCGUCCGCCUGUCGAGUCACUUAUGGUUCUGUACGCCAAUAUAUAUAUUUUAUUCGUGCACGGAACACUACAUCGAACUGGACAUUGCAGAUCCAUGCGCCCCGUGGCGGAGUCGGGCGAGAGGUCGAGGUUCCGCUUCAAGAUGUAUUCGCUGUACUCAUGGGGCUGCCCGCUACUCAUCUCCCUCGCCUCCAUCAUCGUGCAGGAGCUGCCUGACGACCUCGGGGUCAUCAAACCCAACUUCGGAAACACCAAGUGCUGGUUUGAUAACAAUACAUCGCUCUGGGCAUAUUUCUACGGAUUUGUGCUGACGAUCGUGAUAGCCAACAUUAUUUUCUUUUGUCAAGUGGCUUACAUUCUCAUCAUGGCCCAGAACGAUCCCAUCUUACAGAGAACUCGCCAGCAGAACAGAGAGAGAAUGUGGCUGUACGUGAAGCUGUUUUUCGUCAUGGGAAUAACUUGGAUUGCCGAAAUUGUUUCAUGGCAGGAAGGAACGUGUGAAGCCUGGGUCUUAACAGAUAUUAUCAAUUCACUCCAGGGAUUUUUCAUUUUCGUUAUAUUCAUCUGUAAGAAGAAUAUGCUCAAGAAGAUUCGCUGCAAGUGGGACCCCUAUCUCCGGCGCAUGAAAGAAAUGGUUGGAUCAACUCGGCUGUCUCACUCUGGUGCGGCCAAUACAUCCCAAGUUCAUUCUUCCUUCAGUUCAACAAGCAACAGACCAAACCAUUCGGCUGCAUCACAGAAGACAGUGCAAAGCCAGAUAUCCCUUGACCCCACAUCAUCAACAAGACGGUUGUCUUCCAGCUCCCUCUCCCCCGUCACGGGUGUCCAGGUUCAUAGCCAAAACAAAAUUGCAAUGAAUACUAUUGCUGAAAGCUCAGUUGAACAAGAAGGUAUUAACACUAAUGGGAGCUUCCCUACUACUGAUGCCUCAAAUCCUGUACCACAGAGACUAAGUUCAUCAGACAGUGGAAAUAGCAGAACUGGGACUUCACAGAUGGUUUCAGGUAUGCCAAGUAGCACUGUUAACUCCUCUGAUGUUUCUGUUGAAGAAUCUGGAAAGCCUCUUCACCUCACGGAGAUCACUGAAGAACCUAUACCAGUUACAACAAAAGACAGCAAAAUCUCCAUACCAGAGGAUGAGGGAAAAGACCAGGGACAUGAAAAUGAAGUCGCAACACCUAAUAAACUGACUCAGUCUCUGCCACUUAACUCGAUGCAGACACCAGCAAGUGACACAGUUUAUUUAAGUGAUGAGUCAAAGUGUACAGCAGUAAAUGAAUUUAGGUCUCCUGACACGAGGCCAGUUUCAUCGUCAGGGAGCACUGAUGAAGACCCUAUUACCAUUAAUGGAGAAAUACCUCAGAAGAAUGAUAAGGCAGUAUCAUAUCCUGCGAAUGAAGCUACUGUUGUGAGAGUAAGUUCUCCAAGUCCAGACCUCUCACCAUCUGAGAAGGUUAUUAAAGAGCAUGCAGAUAUAAAUGAUUCUGAACUAAAUCAGAGAGAAGAGAAUAAAGAAGGGUCACACAACAAUUCAGGACUUCAUGAGCAUCAAGAAACAAAGGAUCUUAGUCAGCAUCAUUAUGGUCAGUGAAUUUCUGACAUGGUCCCUUGUAAAUGUAUCUGUGACUUGAUUCAGUCAUUGAAACAUGGACAAGCAAGACAAGUAAUGAACUGAUAUAGGUCAUAGAAAAUUUAGAAAAAAAAGUAGAAAAGAUGAAUGUCAUGGAAUAAGUUGAUUGUGCAAGGGAGUUACUUCAGGACAGAGUAUAGUUUUUUGAUAUCUGAUUUUUGAUGAAGGUGUUAUGAGAAAGCAAAGAGAGACUUAUUGUUCUGUAUAAUCAAAAAUGUUAUUAGAUUUUAAGAACAGGAUCUCUUUAGUAUAUUAAUGUUGCGGUAAGAUUCUUCAUUGGAAAAUGUAUCUUCCAUCUCAGAAUAAUUGUCCUGUUUAGGCAAUAUUCUUUUGAGAAAGAUUAAACCAUAAUGACAUUGUAAAAUGAGAAGAGAAAGUAUUAGUGCACAUUGUGAAUUGAGAAAGCAAGAACAAUAGUGACAUUAUAAAAUGGAAUAAAGAUUGAACAAUAGUGACGUUAUAAGUGAAGAAAAAAAUUAAGCGUUGAUGACAUGAGAAGUUAUGGUUUACUUGACUGUUGUCAUGCUGGUAGUAUUUCCAGCAUAAUGGAUAAUAUCAGAGUGAAUGUCAGAUGUAUCAGAAAGUUUGUUGCUGCUUAUGCACAUGAACAUGAAUAAUAUCAACUAUUUCAUCAUAAUGUGGACUGACAUUAGUGAUAUCACUAUUUUACUGUAAUAUAGAUGUAAAAUUAUGUAAAAUUUUGAUAGGCAAGGCUAAGUAUAUGUGAAAUACUUAGUAUGGGAUACUUAACUAUAAAUUAUCUGAGUUAGUAAGGGUGUGUUAAACAAAAUGUGAGUGAAUGUACAUUGCAUAAGAAUGUAAUGUAAGAGUGUAUCUAGAAUUUUAUUUGUACUAUUUGGAAAGUAAUUAUAAAGUGCGUAUAAUGCGUGGUAAAGCGAAAGGGUUCCCUGCUCUAAUUACUUGUUCUACUCUCGUUCACUAUUUCAGUUUCAUGAUAUCAAAGUAUAGUUUAGGAAAAUGAUAAAAGAACACCUGUGCACUUGCGCGUGUGCCUGCAUGCGUGUGCACACACACACACACACACACACACACACACACACACACACACACACACACACACACACACACACACACACACACACACACACACACACACACA